CGUUAGAUCUGUGCGUUUUUUGUAUCGUCAAACCGGCUUUGGUUUAUACUUCAUUCUGUUAACUACGACUUUGGCACGAUUUUUGACUACGACAAGCAUUGCGAUUGGUUAUUGUUUAAAGAUGGCUAGAUGUGUUACGUGUGAUCGAUCAUUAUACCGUGGUGUUCGGAGACACGUUCUUACGCAUCAUUUUUUUGAUUCCCGGAGAGAUUUCGUUGAGCGCAUUUUCCAGAACUUGCAACCGCUACAGGAGCUUGCAUUUGAUGGAACGAGGUCGAUAUGCCAUCCUUGUUGGCAUAGAAUUGAGCAAUCCUUACAUCAGCGACCACGUACUCCACCUAUACGUCAAGUGUCACCGAGUCGUGCAGCAAUCCAAGUUCCGGGUUUCACUAGAGCGGCAAACACUUCCCGUCGCUGUAUGAUGGAGAGUUGUAAUAAUGUGCAACUCCGGCAAAUGCCUAAUUCAAUUAAGGUAUUUUUGCUCAGUUAUUACCACCUGUACAUACCCCCACUUGCGAGGAUUUGCGAAAAUCAUCUUCGAAAUACUGCAUUGGAAGACAUGUCUCAGAGUGUGUCUCAUGCUCAAACUGAUUUUAAUAGUGGAAGUUUCGGAGACAUUGUACGUAUGUAUACAUUAGCACUAGAAAACAGAUGCAAAUUGAAUUUUAACAAUUUGGAUGAAAUAACAGCAGAAGAUUUACAUUUUUGGACUGGCUUGAACCAUGAAGAGUUCAAUAGCUUAUUUGAUCAAUUACCGACUUUGUCCCGCAGAUCUUUUUCUGCUCGAGAGGAUCUAGGUAUAUAUUUAGCUAAAAUAAGAACGGGUGAACCCAGUAUACGACUGGCAACGCUUUUUAAUAAAUCAAGACAAAGUAUAGACAGAAAAAUUAAAUUGGCGAGACAGUGCCUUAACAAUGAUUUUGUUCCAUUACAUUUAGGGCUAGAUCACAUUAGCAGAUCAGAAAUAGUCGAAAGAAACCGAAUUCUUCCCAACUACAUCUUUGGGGAUGACCUUUGGACAAAAGCAUUAAUAAUAUGUGACGGAGGUUACAUUUUCAUACAAAAAAGCUCUAACUUCUUCUUCCAAAGAGAAUGCUACAGUCUUCAUAAAUACACAAAUCUAAUCAAGCCUUUUAUGUUGGUCUGCGGUGAUGGACAUAUUUUAGAUGUCGCAGGUCCAUACGCAGCCACUGCCUCAGAUGCUGUAAUCAUGCGGCACAUUUUGGAAAAUCCUGAUGGCCCACCUGAGGAGGCACCAAUUAAUUAUUAUCUUGAACAAGGUGAUACGUUCAUUGUUGAUAGAGGUUUCCGGGAUGUUAUUCCUCUGCUUGAGUCGUGCGGCUAUACAGUCCAUAUGCCCCCAACGAAAAGGCGCGGUGAAACACAAUUAACAUGUGAAGAAGCCAAUAAAUCUAGAUUGGUGACCUUGUGUAGAUGGGUUGUUGAAACAAUAAAUGGAAGGUUCAAGCGUGACUUCAAAAUGUUUAGAUACCGGGUAUUUAAUACAGCUUUACCUACCGUAAUGAUGGAUUACAGAAUAGCUGCAGCACUAAUAAACGCGUUUCAACAGCCCUACGAAGAUAGCCAAUAUACAGAACAGUUUAUAGAAACCAUAAACAGGAACAUGAAUAGGCCCAAUCUUUUGGCUGACUAUGUUGUUGAGCGCAACUUAAAUCGCCAACGAGCAACCUUUGUGCGCUUGGAAGUUAAUGACCAGACAUUCGAAGAUUUCCCCAGACUGACACAAGAAGAACUAAUAUUGUUUGCCGUGGGAACAUAUCAUUGCAAAAUAGCACGUUCCUAUUGCAGUGAGCACAUAAAACGAACAGGUGUUUAUGAAAUUGAAGCUUACAGAGAUCCAGUACUUAUGACAUUGAAUGGUGAAGAAGGAGCAUUGAUAAGAUGCCGAAUUCAAUCUAGGCACGUUAGAAGUAGAAUUUACUACACAUAUAUAUUGUAUAAAAAUGAAAAUAGUAGAUACGCUAUUUUAGAACACUAUUGUACAUGUAUUCACGGAAAGAGGACAUUGGGCAGCUGUGCUCAUGUGAUGAGUAUUAUAUAUUACUUGAGCUGGGCCAGAUUUCAAAAUGACUUUAUUCAUCCUGGACACACAUUGGAUUAUGUAAUUCUAGAUUUAGAAAAUGAAUAAUGUUUAAAAUAAUAAAAUGAUCCAUGU